AUGAGAGAAAUGCGCUUCUCUGUGCAGUCAGUACUUUUCUUCUAUAUUGUUCACCAAGUUUUGGGUAACAAUUAUGCAAGUGAUUCAAUCACUUGUUAUACGACUUAUGAUGAUCAAGAAACAAGAAGUCGUGGAACAAACAAAUUGUUGAAUUAUUCAUUUUUUGAAGCACAUACAACACAAUACACAACUUUCGAAGGAGAACUAUGUUCAGUUGUUGGUUGCGUUUGUUUCAGCUAUCAAGAUGUUUGUUCAUAUUUACCAAAAAUAUCAAAUCAUUUAUCACAAUGUACACAACAAGAUCGACAAAAUGGAAACAUCAAAUGGCAUCGUGGAUGGACAUCCAUUGCUACAUGUGAACAAAUGCGUCAACAAUCCGACAAAUAUCGUAAUCUUACUUGUUGUUACGCCAAUCGAUGUAAUGAUCAACCAGGAAAAGUUAUCACUCUAGUCGAAACAUCCGAGCCAAGUCCAUUGUAUGAUAGCCAUAUACAUUCAACGAAAUCAUCUACAUUUUCUACUUUACAUCCAACUUCCUUCUAUCACAAUCGUGUUGAUUCAAUAAAACUAUCUACAUUUGCUGAGUCGCAAACGAUUCCAUCAUCUGACAAAUACUUUUCUUCGCCGCCAUCAUGUUCAUCUAGCUUCUAUUCGAAUUGGAUCCUAGUCUUGAUUUUUCUUCACAUAAUUCUGAUUGCCUAA